AUGUCGCACCCCGACGCCGCCGAGGCGAACAAUGACCACCUCCCGCCCAACCUGUCCAACCUGGGGUCGCUGUUCCCCACGAACGCCGAGUUCCUCCCCGAGCACGCCGACGCACUGCUCGAGAGCGCGAUCGAGGCGGCGCCGCCCGACGAGCCAGCUCCCGCUCCAGCUCCAGUAAUCGAGCCCGAGAUUCACGACGCAGUGCCAGAGCUAGGCGUCGACCUGGAUCCCGAGCUCGACAAGGACGCCGAGGCCGAGGCAGACGACACGCCGCGCCGCCCGCGCAAGGUCGACCCCUCCGCGCUCGAGGUCACCUCGUCCGCGCUGCGGGCCGAGAACGAGCGCCUGAGGAGAAUUAUCCUCGCGAUGGAGGGCGGGGCAGUCGUUGACAGCCUCGAAGGCGACCUGCUGCCACAGCAUACCCUGCGCGAGCUCGCCUCCGCUGCCGUCAGCGAAGCUGAGCUCGCGAGUUUCGGCUUCGAGAGCCUCCAGCAGCACUUGGACCAACAGAGACCCGAGGACGCUGUGGCGGCGGUCGAGGCCGCCGCGCAGCAGGCCGCGCAGAACUUUGCGCUCGCCCCCGCUACUGAGGCUGCCGCCUCGCCCGCCGACUUUCUAUAUGGCCUCACUGCGCGCGUCGCGCCCUCUCGAACUCCCGCCUUUCCAGCAGACUACGAGUCGGACCCGUUCAAGGUUGCGGCUGCGGCGCUGCACGCCGAGAUUGAAGCCACGCGCGCCGCGAUCGCCGAGCAGGAGGCGCAGAUUGCGGCGUGCAAGGCUGGUUCUGCGCCGCCGCCUGCCGACAGCGCCAAUGUGCCGGGCGACCUUGCACGGACGAUCGCCGCCGUCGACUCGGACCGGCGCAAAACCGCCGUGCUGCGCGACAUUGCUUCCCGACUCCAGGCGAGCAGGGACGACAUCCAGCGCGAGAUUGUCGACCGCAAGGCCGAGCUCGCGCUGCUGGCGCUGGACGACGCGGACGCCGAGGACGCAGAGGAUGCGCAGCGCGGCGCGCUCGUCGAGGUACGCUCGUACGUCGAGGGCCUGAUCAAGAUGUACAAGGAGACGGGGACGCUUCCGCCCGCGCCGCUGCCACCACUGUCGCUGCUUGUCCGCGCGGAGGCGCUACAGCCCCCGCCGUCGAGCCUGCCGAAGAAGCGCGGCCGCCCCGCGCGCGCAACGCAGAAGGCGUCCGUGGUCCCCAUGGCGCUGGCGCACCUCGUGCCCGACCCCGAGGCGGUGCGUGACCGCGAGCAGAACACGCCUAUCCGCCGCAAGGGCGUCAAGCGCAACAAGGUCGAGCUGGAGCGCGAGAAGCAGCGCGAGGAGGAGGAGGGGGAGAUGUUGCGGAGCCUGGCGGGGAUCGGGGUCUGGGCGAGAGAGGGGUACGUCAACGAGGUGUAG